AUGCCCUCGUUCUUCAGUAAAAAGACCCGCACCCAGCAGGUGUCCUCUGCAGGUCCCGCGGGCGAGUCUUCGUCGGGCUCAGCUGUUCCUCCAGGACCUCCUCCACUACCACUGCCCAACGACCCCUAUCAGAUCCUUCAUCAACAACAACAGUCCCUGGAAGAAUUUUCGGAUCGAAUAUUUGACGCGAAUCGUCGUCCCUCCGAGCCGUUUCCCGCCCAUCAGUUCCACGGCCGGCGCCCUCAUUCCCCGCACAGUCCGUCUCCAGCUGGCGUCGAUUUAAGGUAUGGGCGGGACCCAGAGGAUCAACAUCAACAACAGCAACAGCAAUACCGCCAUCCUGCACACCACAAUCCCAACCAGCCCUCUCUUGAUCGGCCUACAAUCAGCAUAGUGACUCCUAGUCAGCAGCAGCAACAGCAACAGCAACAACAGAACCAAAACGAGCCUCAGAGUUAUCAGCAAAGCCCAGAUCGUGCCAGAAAUUCCAUCGAUCAACAACAGUGGACCACCAGCGAACACAACCCCUCAGCACCGGACCUCCUCCACGACAGCGGCAAACAACAAAAGAAGAAAAAGGGAUUCUUCAGUCGAAACCAGACCGUUGCAUCAAGCAACCCCGCUACAAAACAAUCCGCUAAAAAAGACAAAUCGCUCGGUCGUUCGGCUUCGAUAAAGCACUCGUUCGGACGGGAUAACAUUAUACAGCCGCCUCAAUCGUCAUCGGAGUAUGGAAGAAGCGUAACGACGAAAUCGACCAGUGGACAUUCAUUAAACCAAAACCAGAGUCGGUCGACGUUGGACAAUACCAGUCAACAAUUCGAGUCGGAGACAUCUCUACGGCCACCAACAGCAGAAACGCCUGCCAGUCCGAACAGGAAUUACGAACCGAGCCAGCCGCAUACACCGCUUGAGAAUAGUCAAUCAUCUCAACGCCUGGGGGCGGAUAUAAACGAUCGCGGUCAUCUGGUGUGGCAGCAGCAUCGACGGUCUGAGAGUUUUGAGUCGAUUCCUAGUCAGACCUCCUCUCGUCGCCCUUCUAUACACCAAAUUCUUGAUUCAUCGGUAAGUGAUAUGGCUACCGCACAACAACCGAUGGGCACGCGGCCGUCCGAGUCCCAGCCCCAGAUCCCAACUCGCAAGGAUUCGUUGGCGGCCCCGAGUGGACAGCCGCAUCUUCAAAAUGCAUUGCAGGGAUCGUUCAAGAAUCCUUCCCAGCAGAACCUGCACGAUAUGCAGGGUCGUGAGACGCCACCGUCGGCAGCGAUGAAUUCCAAGGUGAGGGAAGAGUUGGAGAAUCUAGAUGUUGGUGCAUUGAUCAUGCGACAUGAGGAACUUCAGGCCAAAUAUCAAAAGGUCAAGAGGUAUUAUUUUGAAAAGGAGGCGCAGGUCACCGCGCUUCAAAAUACAGUGGCUCACCAGCGUAUGGCCGUUUCGCGUACGGUUCUAGAUGACAAUGAAUACACAGCAAGGUUUCAACGUCUUGACGGUGCUAUCAAAGAGCUUGCAUUUUCUAUACGAAAAGAUUGGAGAGCUAUCCCUGACUGGUUGCAUCCUUUUGUCAAUGAGGAUGCAGUUACUGUGGGCACUAAAGAGAUGACUGGCGUCGGUCGUGCAGUGAUUACUCGAUGGGUGGCUGAGGAAGUAUUUAACCGUUACUUCCAUCCUGGUUUGGAACGCACUUUUAGCGAACGCCUCAAAACUAUUGAGAUGCAUCUGCGCCGCCAACAAGUUCAGGUGUUCAAUGAAGAUGAUAAAGAAAACCAGGUGGCUCGGAUUUCGAAUUGGAGACGGACUACUCUAGACGGAUUGGCGGAUAUGCUGCAAUCGAGGACUACGCAGGAAAAUCUGGAUCAAUUAGUCGAGUAUCUGGUAGAGAAGCUUUCGGCGAUGUUGCAGUGCGAUUUGAAGGAACCCGCUCCACCGGAACUUGCUCAUUAUACACGGAUGAUUGUUGAGAAUGCGAUCAACAUUGCCGAGAAAAUUCCACAAGAAGCCCGAGAUAUUGUUGUCGAUUACAUUUCGCCAGGAAGUUUUGUGUCGGAGAUCAACAUGAAGGUUGAAACGGGUCUGCCGCCUCUGACACGACCACUUGCCGAUGGGAAAGAUGACAUAGCAAGCGAAGGCAACGAAGAAAUGGAAACAGACAUUAAAGAGCAGCCCACACCACCGCAACAAACUGAUCAACAACAAGGCAAAAAUCCAACGCACAUGCCUCAAAGCCGUGAACAGCGAAAGAAGUAUCCAUUCGGAAGUCUAAUGAGCAAGAAAUCGUUGGCAUCCACAAAUCCCGCUCCCGCACAAUCACAGAAUCCUUCUCAGGGAACGGCCUCUUCGCCUGACAAUGCUACAAAUAACAAGGAACGAGAUGAACAAUUACAGCAGCAGCAGCAGCAACAACAAGAUAAGCGACCACGAGUGCGACUCUCGACGUUCAUGACGGUGGAGGUAAAGGGUCGCGGGCCGAAUAAUGUUCUUAUUCAAGCGCCAGUAUAUACCAUAGAGUAG